AUUGCUAAGGCUUGGCCGGGAAGCGGGGCGGGCGCCGGAGAAAUGGCUCUCUUGCCACGGGUUGGAGCUGUUAACCUGAUCCUCGGGAGCAACGUCAUUUUCCCAAGCCUUCUUUAAAAAAAAAAGUCCUCUCUCUCUCUCUGCUCCCCCCCCCCCGUUUGGCCGUAUUAUUUUACCGCGCUCCCCCCUCGCCUGGCAGAAGAAGGACCAAAGAUCAAGGCGAGGAAGAAGCAGGAGAGCCGCGAAGCGGGAAAGCAGCGCUUCUUCGCCCGCUCCCGAGGCGCCCCGGGGGGCUCCGCCGCCGCCGCCGCCCAAGGAUGUUUCAGAUGUUGUAUGACUACUUCUGGUGGGACCGGCUCUGGUUGCCAUCCAACAUGACCUGGGCUGACUUGGAGGAUGGGGAAGACCAAGUCUACAGCAAAACUGCACACCUCUACUUCACCAUCCCUCUGGGGUUUGUCUUCCUCAUCAUUAGGCACUUCUUUGAAAUCUACAUAGCCACUCCGCUGGCUAGACUUUUGAACGUCAAGGAAAAAAACCGAUUAAAAGCCACGCCAAAUCCAGCGCUAGAGAAGUUCUAUUCUUCUUCCUGCAAGCAUCCCAAGAAGGCUGAUAUUGAGGCGCUGUCUAAAAAAAAUGGCUGCACCCCGCGGCAGGUGGAGCGCUGGUUUCGGCGGCGGCGGAACCAGGACCGACCCAGUUUGCUCAAGAAAUUCCGGGAGGCCAGUUGGAGAUUCACCUUUUACCUUGUUGCUUUCAUUGCUGGCAUGGCUGUGAUAGUGGAUAAACCUUGGUUUUACGACCUUCGCCAGGUCUGGGCCAGCUACCCUGUCCAGGCCUUGCUUCCUUCCCAGUACUGGUACUACAUCAUCGAGCUGUCGUUUUAUUGGUCCCUGUUGUUCAGCAUUGCCUCGGAUGUGAAACGGAAAGAUUUCAAAGAGCAGGUGAUCCAUCACGUCGCCACCAUCGUCUUGAUCAGUUUCUCCUGGUUCACCAAUUAUAUCCGGGCGGGGACCAUCAUCAUGGCUUUGCAUGACUCGUCUGACUAUCUGCUGGAGUCAGCCAAGAUGUUUAAUUACGCUGGCUGGAAGAACACUUGCAACAAUAUUUUCAUCGUAUUUGCUGUGGUCUUCAUCAUCACCCGCUUAAUCAUCCUUCCCUUCUGGGUCCUGCACUGCACCAUUAUAUAUCCUUUAGAAAUGUAUCCCCCCUUUUUUGGCUAUUACUUCUUCAACCUCAUGAUGGUGAUUCUCCAGUGCCUGCACAUAUUCUGGGCCUACCUCAUCAUUCGCAUGGCCCAGAAAUUCCUAACUGGAAAGACAGUGGAGGAUGAGAGAAGUGAUCGGGAUGAAACGGAUUACUCCGAGGAGGUGGGGGAGGAGGAAGAAAAAGCUGCUGCAGGUGCUGGGUCCGUCACAAGAACCAAGAACGGCCCUCUUACCAACGGGCACUCUGUCUUGAACAAUAACCAUCGGAAAAUGGAAUGAUUCCGCUCCCUGCACGUAUUUUUCUUCCCUUGUGCCCGUCUCUCUCCGGCCCCAAAUCAUCCCGAAUCCGUUGUGAGAUGCGCCACCUGAGACUGGGGGAACAUUUUGAUUUCUGGCCAAGCCAAAAACUCCGGAUGAGGAAAGACGUCCUCAAUUCCAGCACGAAUGCCCCCUGCCUACGGUUGUUUGAUAAUGCUCCUCCCUGCCUUCCCCCCCUCGCUGAAAUGGUUCCCCUUUUGGGAGGGACGCUGCGAUCCUGCCACCUUGUAAUUUGGCUUAGAAGAAAUCCUCGCCCUUGGAAGGCGUCCCUGCCACUGAGACCCCCUCUUCCUCCUCCUUUUUGCUCACCAAACUGCCUUAAAAAUCACGUUGGGGUAACCAAGAUGCAACUUAUCCAUCUUUCGUUUUUCCCCUUUUUCCUCCCUCAUCCUGAGCCCCAAAAUACGAAUUGACAUCCAAGGAAGUGCAGGAAGCGGGAGAAAAAUCUCUCCCCUCGCCUGUGGCGCCCACAGCCACCGGGCCUCGUUCCACACCCGUCAAGAUGCCCGAGAAGCAGACAUCAUCCAAGUUGCCAGUCCUCAUUGACGCUUCCUUCCUGUGCCAAAGGCCUGUGGUGCGCAGUGGGUCAGAAAACGUUGGAUUUCUUUGGCUGACCUGGAUGUCAAGGUUGCUCAGCUCUUCCCGGCCGAGAGCUGUGCCUGGCUGGUUUUUCACGAGGAACGUGGAAACCAUCCCCAUUUUUUUUGGUCAGUGCCUGGGAUGUGGGAAGCUGGCCCUCUGCUACUUUCUCUCCUGCGCACCUUCUUCUCAAUGAUGCUUCUGCCCCUUGAUGCUGCAAAAUUUGGGGAAGUGGGAAUGGUGUCUAGAACCAGCACGGCUGAAAUAGGAAUUUGUCUCUCUCACACACUCUGUGAGAAGGAAAGACCCACUCCUGCCUUAAUGCUGCUUGGCGCUGCAAAGCCUUCCUUCUCCACCAGUCUUUUCUUUCUCUUGAUAUUACCUCUGUAUUGGACAAGCCAUGAUUCCCCCCUGCUUUGGGGAUGGAUGGGGGGGUGAGAAUCCAGCAUUGUUAGCUGCACCAAACGUAACGGGGCAGGCGAAUCGCAUUCCCCAAGACCUGAUCACGCUUGCACGUGGUUUUUGUAGUUGCAAACACAGCAGAAGUGCUUAAGAAAGAAGCGUCUGGCUUAAAUGUGGGAGGAUCAGUCUGAAGAGCUCGGCACUGAUGUCAAAGUGGAGAGCAGGUACGCGUGUCCCCUGGGGGGGAUUUUCCUGGAGGGGCUGGUGGGCGUCAGCAGGUAAAUUCAGUAGGUCAACAACACCCUUGGGCAUUAAAGGCCAGCAAGGUUUAAUUUCCUUUCCUUUCUGCACCGUUGCUAAUUUUCUCAAUGCACAGUAGUUCACAAUUUUUUUCAUUUUGUUGGUUCUCCUGGGAAAUUAAUUCCCCCCCACCUCCCCAUCCUUUUGUCUUCUCUAAGCACCCUUUCCCAUCCUGCCUUUUAAAUGUUAAAGGUACCAUGAACUCGAGAUCCUGAUUAACACUUAAUUUAUUAGGUAGGAUUUUCAGCUACCGAAAUGGAAGAAUGCAAAGGAAAUC